CUAAUCUUCUACCUCAACUCACCACCUCCCUCACUUUCCCUGCUUAUGAGAAGAAGAGAUGCAUGUUGUGAAUUCAUCAUCGGUUUUGCGGUAGACCCAUCCUCUAAGUUUAAAUUUUUUAUAAAUCGGUAGUCGUGAUUUUUAUAAUUAUUUGUCGAUCAUUAGCAUGAUGAUGAUUUUUUACUACAAUAAGUAGUGCAGGUUGAAGGACCUGCUAUUUGUAUUUUUAUGACAUAAAUUCCAUUAUACUGAUUUAUCAUACCAUAGAUUUUAUUUACCAUUAUGUUUGAUAUGAUUGCUAGUUUAAUAUCCCCAACAUGAUCAUCUCUGUCUCUCUACAACUCAUUACAUCCUCCAACAUCGCCCGCAAAACAAAAUACUGGUUCGUAGAGAAGUAGAUCAUAUUCUACGCACUGAAAAGAAGGAAACGAUUGAAACUUUUCGUUUUUCGAUGAACAUGAAGAUGUAUUUUUUUGUAAACGCAUAAUACCUUCAACACUUGUUCAAAAUUAGUGAGUUAUUGUAAAUGACUUGACGACGAUCAUGAUUAAAUUGAAGCAGGUGACGCCGUGACCGAGACAAACACAAGGACAAGAAUCGCAGAUAGAAUUAGGAUCAUGUUGCUAAACAUUUUCCCGAUCCCGUGUUGCUCAGCUUCUAGUUCUCAGCUCUUACUCUUUCUACAUACUACGACGUUUCGAGGUUGGACUUGAAACACGUUGAUCUAUCAAGCAGAAACGACAAGAUGAGCACGCGUCUCCAAGAUUGUAGCGCGAUCCCGCGAACGAGUGGCAGGAAAAAGGUGCGCUUCUUUCGGGGAAAAUCGCCACCUCCUCCUGAGCGCGCUAAGUCGCCCCAACACGUGCUCGACAAUGAUGCUCUGCUGCGUAAACUGUCGGCUCUCGACGAAGCAGAAGAAGAAGUGAAGCGUGCACGCCUCAAAGUGCUCGAGGCAGCAGUUUGCGGACCUGCUAAGUUUUCGACCCGACGCGGGGGUGCAGGCGGCUCGCCCGCCGCCCUACGAUAUGGAGGUCGUGACUCGGAUAUGUUGGAUGGGGAUGAAGAUGAUAGCUUCGGUCAUUACGAUCGGCGAUACGAUCAUCAUGGUUUGGAUGAUGACGCAGAUGAACAGGAUCUUCAUGGUAAUAGUAGUAGCUCAUCGUCUUCGCCUGGGGAGAUAGAUCACCGCUUUGCGCGCAUUCCGCGUGACAGCGCAGUCCUAGCGAAGAAGAUGGGGAGCAAGAACUUCUACCCUGCAAGUAGAAGUCAGGGUGUAGCACCUGCAGGAGGAAUUUCAAAUAAAGCUAGUCUCGCUGGGGGUCGAACUCGAAGUCCUCCACCUCAGCCCGCAAUAAAGAAGCCUGCAUUGAAAAGCAGUUUGAAGAAGACUUCUGACCUCAACGUUGUGCCGACGCUCGAUCUUCAAGACACCGCGUCCGGACCAAAAUUCUUCGACAUCGCUGACUCACCUCGAACACGUGCGAUGCGGGAAAGCGAGGACCCCAUCGGAAAUUGGUUCGAAACUGGUACUCCAGUUAGCAACCACCCGCCGGCGAGUACAAAAGCGAUGAGCACGGGCGGAGCACUCGGUGUACCAGUAAAUAGUACGACCACCAAGAGUACAACAACCUCCACACGACCAACAGGAACCUGCCCAACUAUAGCUGCUGCAGUCAAAAAUAAGCAGCAAGGCGUUGGCGCGCAGAGGCGCUUCCUUUCCCCACCACCGAAGCCAACCGUAGCGGAACCGUCUAGUGACGAGGAGCAGGACAGCGAUGCUUCGUCGCAGUGCACCGAGGUUUCGAUGCACGUGCUGGAGUGCAUGUCUGAGGACGAAGACGAGCCCUGUGGCGAGCCUGGGUGCCGUUCGGGACGCACCUCCUCUGCAGCAAGUACAUUGUCGCUUGGCAGUCUUUAUAACUGCGACUCCUCUGUCGGCUCGCUUUACAACUGCGAGACCCCAAAGUCCAUGGGAUCAAUCUACGGUAGCAAUGCCGGGUCUCCAUUACUGGAGGAAGAUGACUCCUGCUCCAACGAGGACGCAAUGAAUAAAGAUGGAAAGUCUGUGUUGAACCUAGAGAACCUGGCAGCACACAACGCGGCACUGAAUGCCAUCAGAUGUCCUUCGAUACGCGACAAGGCAUUCCUGCCUAAGGCGAUGAAGAUCCGACUGGAGGAGAUGGAAACCAAGGUGAUUCAGGAAAAUUUACAGCAGCCUAUGAGUGCGAGACGUCGCAACAGCGGGGGAGACGGUAACGCAGCCGAAAAUGUUGAUCUUAUUGCCGAACAGUCAAAUAAGACUCGAGCACUAGAAGCAGGAACUCAAGAUCAAGGAGACGUUGUUGAAGAAGAAAAACCGAUACUACCAGAACCCGCAGUCGCGCACAAAACAGAAAUUCUUCCAGAGGACAAAAACACCAGAGCAGAUAUUGAGGUCGGAGUGGAGCCUGCGACUUCCAUUGCUCCUGUCCAAGUCGCGGAUGAAGAAGUCGCAGCUACGUCCUGUUUGGCGGACUCCAGAAAAGAGAAGCAGAGUAUUUCAGCAUCGUCGAGCAAACAAUCAUCAGCAGUAUCCGGAGUAGAGGAGACUAGUUCAUCCAUUUCAGGCUCAGUUCAUGGUGCGGGCAACUCACGGUCUCGCUCUCGAUCGGGAUCUGAUGCGGAGUCUCGUCAUCUGCCUGUCAUGUUGCGAAAGCUUGUAGGAGAGCAGUUAUGAAAUGUGUUUUUAUCGUAGAAGUUCGUGAUAACGAUCAUAAGCAAUAUCAAACAAGCACCAGAUGGACGAGAGGAUAAUCCUAACGUUUUUCGAAUGAAAUGAUUCUACUGAUAGAAUUGAUAACAUGAAGAUUGAAGCUAGGAGGACAUAGAGGCGGGCCUUGAAGUAAGUGAGUGCAAAAAGUAUGUAACAAAUGAACAUUCCUGACGAUAAAAAUUCAAACGAGCAAUUCUUAAUAUUCACUGCUCAUCUACCUCUCCUCGUAAUAAAUAUUAGUUCUAGUUUCAUUGCUUCGUUCAUGCGAAUCGGCGGGCGGCCCUUUUCUCAGUACGAACGAUGUGUGGGUUGCUCCAGACGUUACACUGGUCAAUGCCGGUCAGCGUUCACCCUCGCUGCUUCAACACUCAAAUGGUGACGAAGUGGAAGUUGCUCGUCCAAUCAUGGAGAAAACAAUGCCCCAAGUAGAACAGCUGCAUUCCACCAGCUCAACUGCAUGCCCAGCUUCGUCAACCUCGUUUAGUUCUAGCAUUGCUGCCACCUAUUCGAUGGAGACAACAACUUCUGUUGUAGAACUGCCACUGAAGCCAAACGCAACAGAUGGUGACAUGAUUGUCAUUGACGAUGGACAAGAGGCGCAUCAUAAUGCGGCCACGACAUCUUCGUCUACUUCUUCACCCUCGACUACUAGCAAAGUCGACGAUAACGUUGUUACUGUACCACUAUCACUAGCAGCAGGAAGAAGUGUCUUACCGUCGCCGACAACGCCCGAGGAAGAGGAAGAUAGAAGUGGAAGGAGCAUUCAUCCACCUAGUGCUAGUGGUAGUGGACGACGAAGUGUAGUGGACUGGAGCGACCUCCUUGUCGCUUCCGCUUCGCCCACCGAACAAGAGAGUGGACCCAGUAGAGCAAGUCCAUCUAGAUGUAAAAAUACGCAAAUCCAGGAAGAGGUGGGAGAUGCUGCAACAAAUCAAACACGAGUAGAACAAGUAGAUGAAUGUACAGAUGAGUACGUGCAAUGCGAAAGUGAUAAAAAAUGCGUUGUGGUAGAAGAGCCAGGUCACCACGAGGACGCUGAAGAGAGUUCGUUUCCGCAGUCUGGGGUCUCGAGCACCGCCACAAAGACGGCGCAUGCGAAAGCCGAUGUUGAUUUAGGAGGGUCUGAAAUGGAGCCCGUCCCCGUACCCGUAGUAGACCAAAAAAAUGGUACUCCUUCUAUAAUUCAGUUCGUUGAUUUCUUAAACAAGGUCAAGGUUUUGCUUUUGUAGUUAUCAUUCCGCUAUCUUCUACUUGUUUAUCACGUUAUUUUUGCAUCAAAACUCCCACUUCUUUCGUUCUACUCGUCAGAUGCAGAAAAUCGAGGAAGCAGUAUUUUCGGGUCUUUCUUCUCGUAA